AACUGCAAGUCCUGAGGAAAGCUCAUUGUGGGACUACUCGUAGUGGCUGUAAUUCUGCACCAAGGCUGAAUUUAGGGAAAGAGACUUCAGAUACAGUAUUAGAGGACCACUAAGGCCUAUGUAAAAGCAUCCAAAAACAGCAUGUCAUGGGACCUUUAAAUAUGAAUGCCGCCAGUGAGUCGGAGGAUAUAACAUUACAGUAAAAUGUUCUAGCCUGGUGUAGAGUUUUGUUCUCUUUACUUUAGUUUGUUGCGGUGUAUCAGUUUCAGCCUAUGCAUACUGAACAAAAGAAAAUAUAAAUAUCGGACAAUUAGUUGUCACUCAACUUGCAUGAAGAAACUCGAGUUCCUCUCUAUUUCUAGCAUUGCUGUAUUAGGAUCGAAGGAAAACGGCUUUUCGUUUGUCUUAAAAUGAGGUUUAACAUCAGACGUGCCUACCUUUUUUUGUAUAAUCUGCUUCAAUUCUGUGGCCACACAUGGACAUUUGCAAAUAUGAUGGCCAGAUUCUUAACCUUUGGUGGAGAUGCCUUAGCAGAUACAUUUUAUACAGUUGGAGUUGUGAUGAGUCUAUGUCAACUGCUGUCAAUUCUGGAGCUAUUCCAUAUCGUUGAUGGCAUCGAGAAUGGAUGGCUUCUGCCACGGUUUGUUCAAGUUUUGGAGAAGAAUAUCCUGCUGUUUGUAGUGAUAAUUGGUUUGGAAGAAAUCCAAAGUAAACCAAUAGUGUGUAUACAAUUUUUCCUGUGGAAUAUUCUGGAUCUCCUAAGGUAUCCCUAUGGACUCCUGUGCGUAAUGGGUACUCCAUCCUUUGACAUACUUUGGGCUCGAUAUACCCUGCCAAUCCCUAUCUACAUACUCUCCGUUGCCUCAGAAGGCAUGACUGUUUACCAAGCCCAGCCUUACUUUGAGUCCAUGGGGAACAACUCCUUUCAGCUCACACUCCCUGUGUUUGCAGCCACAGACUUUCCAAUUUUCCUGAAGGCCUACUUACCUAUUCUUGUGGCUAGUGGCUGUGUUACAGUUUGGCAGCUCAUAAAGGAACGGAACCAACAACUUGAAAAUUGGAAUGAGAAGAAAAGAAAAUUACAUUGAAAACAUUACAUGUUCAAGAAUAAUGAAUUGGUUACUGAGCAACCAAUGAGGGCUGAAACAACAUGCUCAUUCUUGGCAACUAGAGGAAGUUGACAUUGUCAAGCGUAAAACAUCUCUAGUGUUUUAUUUGACAGCAUUUAAAAAGGUCAAGAGGAAGCGGUAGUAUUCUACAUAAGUAAGGACAACAUAAACUGUAGCAAACCUUUGUAUCCAAGUAAACUAGUUUGAUGGUAACCCCAAUUCAAAGAAGGUUGGGAUGCUGUGUAUAAUUUAAAUAAAAACAAUGCAACGAUUUGCAAAUCUCAUAAAUCCAAAUUUAGCAUAUCAAAAACACAUCAAAUGUUUAAACUGCGGAACUAUAUGUAACGGGUGUGAACCGGUGAAACUGACUCCUCAAGUACGUAACAGGCCACCCGCGUCAAUGAAUAACUAGCUUUUCUUUGGCGUAGUUGGUAGUGGUUGCGCUUGGCAAGUCAGAGGUAAUGCGUUCGAGCCCAGUGAGUGGCGAACGACACCUUGUUGUGAUGGAGCGUGGCUACGUCUGUUACAUACCUGUCACAUUGGUGCCGUGACCCGGAUCACUUGGUUAGCAAUAUCUGACCUACCGGAGUGAGUUCAGAGGGGUGAAUGUAACGGGUGUGAACCGGUGAAACUCACUCCUCAAGUAUGUAACAGGCCACCCGCGUCAAUGAAUAACUAGCUUUUCUUUGGCGUAGUUGGUAGUGGUUGCGCUUUGCAAGUCAGAGGUAAUGCGUUUGAGCCUAGCGAGUGGCGAACGACACCUUGUUGUGAUGGAGCGUGGCUACGUCUGUUACAUACCUGUCACAUUGGUGCCGUGACCUGGAUCACCUGGUUAGCAAUAGCUGACCUGCCGGAGUGAGUUCAGAGGGGUGAAUGUAACGGGUGUGAACCGGUGAAACUCACUCCUCAAGUAUGUAACAGGCCACCCGCGUCAAUGAAUAGCUAGCUUCUCUUUGGCGUAGUUGGCAGGGUUUUUCCUGCGUAGAGAACAUUUUGGCGCGCGCCAAAGCCGUUUUCCCGAGCGCCAAUGACAAAUCCCGAGCGCCAAAGGCAAAAAAAAGUCUGAGAUGAAGAAAAGAAAUAAGCUGUGUUCAUUACGCGUGCAAUGCAUGUCAGCGAAUAUGUUCUCAAUAGUAUGUUUCAAGUAGGCUACAGCCGAACCCUCGUUCUGUUUUGAUCAAUAGUAAUCGAGUUGAUAAGCGUGUCUUUUUGUCUGAUCAAUACGCAUCUGUGCGGUGCGCGAAUGGACAGAGUGGACAGUAAACGGUCGUUCCGCUUCGAGGGCCAGCCCGACGUGCACGAAUACAACUGUACAAAUGCAAAUGAAAUUUCCACUCAAAAUGCUGACAAAAGUUUGAUUUACGAUUUCCAACGCAGCCUCCAUUGGUAUUCUUAACCUGGAAUGAUAAUAUAUAGUGCAGUGUUUCCUCUAUGGCUACAUUUCUGCCGCCACGGUAUCAGAAAUCAGGCUGUACACAAUUUUAGGCCAUCUAUCAGCAGCGAUUUUUAGAGUGCAUGUCGGAGAAUUGCACGGACACGCGCUUCACACC